ACGGCUGCACGUCUGUCUGCUUGGUGUGUUGGUGCUUGUUUUUUUGAUUUCUCUGAUUUCUACUAAUGCAGACCAGCAUUAAUAGACUCGUAUAUUCGAAAGCAGAGUUGCUGACACUGGAAAACAAUGUUAAGGCUGGUGUACGCCAUCUGAUUCCACCGGAGCUAAGGCGGAAGUACCGGGGUUGCCGAGCCCGUCGUAAACACAAGGCAAAAAUGAAGGCUAGAAUCACCAAUCGGACGCUUUUUAAACCACCUAUCCCUUCCGUUGUCAUGGGGAAUGUUAAUGCAUUGACGAACAAGAUGGAUGAGCUUACCGCGCUGAUUGGGAGCCAACGGAGCUACACCGAGGCAAGUCUGCUCAUCUUCACGGAGACGUGGCUCACUAGCUACGUACCGGAUGCUACAGUGGACCUGCCCGGCUUUUCCGUCGUGCGAGCAGAUCGGGACCCCGAUGCCAGCGGGAAGAGCAAAGGUGGGGGACUUAUUCUGUAUGCUAACCAGCGAUGGUGCCAUCCUAACCAUCUGACUGUUAAAACUGCGUUAUGCAGCCGGGAUUUGGAGCUACUGGCUGUUAGCAUCAGACCGUACUACGUACCACGUGAGUUCUCACACGUCAUCGCGCUCUGUGUUUACGUUCCUCCGAGGGCGGACGCAGAGGCGGCGCGUGAGUCCAUUUACAACAUCACUACGGCUCUUCAGUCCCAGCAUCCUGAUGCGUUUUUUCUCAUUUCUGGUGAUUUUAACCAUGUAACCUUGGACACUACUCUUGCUUCCUUUCACCAGUAUGUCAGCUGUCACACAAGGAAAAAUAGGACAAUAGACCUGUUGUAUGCAAAUAUUAAUGAUGCAUACUCAGUCUCCCCCCUUCCUCCUCUUGGUAAAUCGGAUCAUAACCUGGUCCACCUGAAGCCCACAUAUACUCCACUUGUAAAGAGGCAAAUUGUGACAACUAGGCAGAUCAGGAGAUGGUCUCCUGAAGCUGAGGAUGCACUCAGAGACUGCUUUGCCACAACAGACUGGAGUGUAUUGGUGGAUUCAUAUGGGGAGGACCUUGAGGGGGCAGUGGGGUGCUUGACAGACUAUUUGAACUUUUGUGUGGACCAGGUGGUGCCUGUUAAAACAGUGAGGUGUUUUGCUAACAACAAACCAUGGAUUACUUCUGAGGUGAAGAAAGUCCUGAAUAAGAAGAAGAGGGCGUUUGGGAGCAAAAACGGUGAGGUGUUGAGAGAUGUGCAGAAGGAGGUGAAGAUCUGCCUAAAGGGGGCACAUGAGGCAUACAGCAAGAAGCUGGAGAAGCAGCUGAGUAACAACAGCAUGCGGGAGGUCUGGAAUGGUAUGAAAACCAUUACAGGCUGUCGCAGCAAGGGUAGUGUGGGCUGUCCGGAUCUACAGAAAGCCGAGGAGCUGAACACUUUUUUAAAUCGUUUCAGUCUCCCCAUGACCACUGGCUCCACCCCACAUCCCUCCUCUGCUCCUCUUGACCAUCACCAUCUUGCUCCUCCUGCACAUGGCUCUCUUUCGCUCUCACGUACGCUCACCACUCCCACCUCGACCCCAUCGCUUCCCACCAUUACAGCAGUCCAAGUGACAACUGAGCUGCUACAUCUACACCCUAGGAAGGCAGCAGGUCCGGAUCAAGUCUGUCCACGGCUCUUGAAGACUUGUGCUGCUGAGCUUGGAGGACCUCUACAACAGGUCUAUAACCUGAGUCUGCGUCUGGGGCGAGUACCCUCACUGUGGAAAACAUCUUGCAUCGUUCCAGUUCCAAAGAAGGGCCGCCCUCAGGAGCUGAAUGACUACAGGCCAGUUGCGCUUACAUCGCACUUGAUGAAGAUACUGGAGCGUCUGGUCCUGCAGUUCCUACAACCUCAGGUGCAGCUGGUAAAGGACCCCCUCCAAUUCGCCUAUCAGGAGAAGGUGGGGGUUGAGGAUGCUGUCCUCUACCUUUUACACCGUGCCCUCGCAUACCUGGAUGUUGGGGGGUGCAUGGUGAGGAUGCUAUUCUUCGACUUCUCCGGUGCUUUUAAUACGAUUCAUCCCAGCCUUCUCCAGGAGAAACUUAACAUCAUGGCUGUGGACCCCUACCUCGUUAACUGGAUUACGGACUACUUGACCAACAGGCCACAGUUUGUUCGAGUGGGGGGUGGCAGGUCCUCAACACUGACCUGCAGCAUUGGAGCACCUCAGGGUACGGUGCUGUCGCCCUUCCUCUUCACCCUCUAUACUUCAGACUUUCGGUACAACUCAGACACAUGCCACAUGCAGAAGUUCUCUGACGACACUGCAAUUGUGGCGUGUAUCAGGGGAGGAGAAGAGGGUGAAUAUAGGGACCUGGUGAAAGACUUUGUGGGGUGGUGUCAGCGGAACAACCUUCAGCUGAACACCACUAAAACAAAGGAGGUGGUGCUGGACUUUCGCCGGGCACCCUCCUCUCUGCAGCCCAUCGGAAUUAAUGGAUCUGCUGUUGAGAUGGUUUCCACCUACAGGUACUUGGGGCUGCAGCUGGAUAACAAACUGAGCUGGUCAGCAAAUAUGGACUCUGUGUACAAGAAGGGGCAGAGCAGACUUUACUUUCUUAGAAGGCUGGCUUCAUUCAGGGUCUGUUCUAAGUUACUGUACAUGUUCUAUCAAUCCAUUGUGUCCAGUGUCCUUUUUUAUGCUGUUGUGUGCUGGGGGGGCAGCGCUAAGAGGAAGGACAUCCAGAGGCUGAACAGGCUGGUGCGUAAAGCUUGCUCUGUGGUUGGACUGAGUCUGGACUCUGUGGAGAAGGUGCUGGAGCAGAGGACACUCUCUAAAAUCAGGGCCAUCCUGUCCAAUGAGAGCCACCCCCUGAAUUCGGUCUUCUCCCAUCAGAGGAGCACCAUGAGCUCCAGACUCCUGUCACUGAGGUGCUCCACUGAGAGACUGAAGAACUCUUUUGUCCCAGGUGCCAUCAGGCUGUAUAAUGCAGCCAUUUCAGGUGUGUUACAUGUGAUGCAGCAUUGAUCUGACCACAGAGCAACUGCUACAGAAGCUGUUUGUGAUCUCAGCCGACACACUUGAGCAGGUAAAGGAGGAAGACAUAGCAGCUCCCAUGUUUGUGUCAGAUGAAAACUGGUAUCUCCACCAUCUAACAGGUGAAGGAAAACAUCCUGGAAUGGCGCUGAAGGUAAUCUGAUCCUUUAAAAGGAGGAACCUCAAAACAUGUUCUGUUUGAUCUCAGAGUCUCAUAGGAGAGAAUGUACAUACUAUCAGCUGAUGGUUCUGUCGCUGAUUAGAUCAUCAGACGUGAUUCUGUGGAGGAGUUUAGACAAACUCUGACUGAUAGAAACCUCCCUCAACACUCUGACUUCCUGUCUACCUCGUCUGUGAUUGGCUACGACCAGGAAGCUGUGAUUGUGGAUGCUGAAGGCCUCCCAGUCCUGAGCAGCGUGAGUCUCCAGAGUCUGAAAACGGACGAAACGCCGCCGGCGCCAGUUCCACCGAUAGAUGACUGACAGUUCAGGCUCUACCUCCCUCAGGUUCGCCACCACCAGAAAAAUCUGAAGGACAAAAACACGACAACUGAGCUAAGAUACGUCACCUGUUACAGAGUUCCACCUGCAGCAGACACACUAACAUCAAACAUACAGUCUGCAGAAAGAUUCUAACCUCUGAACCAUCAUCAGUUUAACAGGACUUUAUGGACAAGAUGUCAACAGAGUUCUACAAAGGAAUGCAAAUUAAUGAAGGAUAUACAAUAAGUUUCUGCAUCAGUAUUUACCUUCUAGAUCUGACUAGAGCAGGACUAGUGAGGGAGGCCACCAAGAUAUUGCUAGGUAUUGAUAGUUCUGAUGUUUACUGAUUGACAGAUAUUGAUAG